UGACACAUGAAAGUCAGACCUCAGCUGUUUUAUGUUUAUUGUUGUUUGAAGAAAAUUUUCAAGAUUUAAUUUUACCGGAAUACUCUGAGAAUGAAAAUUAAUAUUAUGUUAUCAUAUUUAAGAAACUGUAAAUUUAGGCACUACAUUAUUACGCGGACAUACUGUACGGAAAUCCUACGCGAACAACCGAAGGAAUUUGUUACUAGUGCUAUUGGUGACAUAAAUUUUAUAGACUUUCAUUCAACCUGGAAAAAUGACGAAGAAGAAGCACUAAGAAAACAGGUUCUGGAGCAUAUGCGUGUGAUUCCUGAUUUCAUAUCUGAAGCCGAAGAGAACUCUCUCCUGGCGGAGGUAGAGCCCCAGCUGAAGAGAAUGAGAUACGAGUUUGAUCACUGGGAUAAUGCUAUACAGGGCUACCGGGAGACGGAGCGCGGCUCGUGGAGUGAGGCCAACAGUUCGACCCUGGCGCGAGUACGAGCGGCAGCCUUCCCCCCGGGCGCUGCCCUGCUGCCCCACGUGCACGUACUGGACCUGGCCGCAGCAGGACACAUCCGGCCGCAUGUGGACGCCGUGCGGUUCUGCGGCGACACAAUAGCGGGCCUGUGUUUGCUGUCGACGGCGGUAAUGAGGCUGACGCAUGAGGAGCGGCCGCACAUCGCGUUCGAUGCCUUGCUGCAGAGACGCUGCCUGUACAUCAUGAGCGGCGCGGCACGCUACAGCUUCAAGCACGCCGUGCUGGGUAAUGAGGACAGCACGUGGUGUGGCCGCCGGGUGCAGAGACUCCGCCGGGUGGCCGUCAUAUGCCGCGAGGCACCUCCCGCUCAUGCAGCCUGAAGCUGAUCUAGAGGAUCUGCUGCGUAUCUUGAGCGAAUAUGCGCCAUUAUCGCGACCAAAAUAUUCGCUUAAUCCCGAUACUAAUAUUAAUUAUUUUCCUUUACUUCGACGAUGUUGUUAUUUAAUUCUAGUUCAAUGUGCCUUAACGAGUAUUAUUUAAUUAUACGACGGUUAUAAAAUGUUA